GACGGCUGGACUGUUGCGUCGCUCUUUCAGCACUCUUUCAGUGUAUCUUCUCGAGGUCUGAAUCCGCAGGGGACUAGCUCGUCUUCCCUACUUUCGAGAAUGAGGCUCUAUUCGAGGGGUGCAGGGCUUUUUCUGGGCUAUCUGUCGCUCGCUCAGGCUGCUGCCGUUGAUCAGAAUGGAAAACCCUCCAAGCGGAACCUGCUGGACGGAAUCAUGGAUAUAUUUGGAGGGGGAAGCGCCGGCGAGACGGUCACCAUGACGGAGACGGCGCGUCAAACCGUGACGGUGGGCGGAGACUCGGGUGUUGGAGCUGAAUUGAAUGCAACGACCAUGACCAUGACCAUGACCGUUACUGCAGCCGCUGUGGAAUCACCAGUUGCUGCAAACGGUGCCGCUGUGGGGGCUGAUUCGGCAGCGACCGUCACAAUCACCGCGCUCGCAUCGACUGUCACUCAGACUGUCACGGCGCCGUGCCAGGCUCAGGGCGCCGUACAAGCCUCGAACUCUGCUAUAGUAGCAGCAGGAGCGGCGGCGACUGAUGCGUCAGGUGGGGCGGUCGGGGCAGCAGCACCACCAGGUGCCGGCGUGCCAUCAGGUGGCAUUGGUGUUGUUGUUGUGUCUGUUCCUGCCAGCGUGCACACGAGUACCAAAGUAUCACCGCCUCAGGCCUCGUCUGCGUUGGCUCCAGUUGGCGGCGUCUCCACCUCGGUCCUCUCAGUCCCUGCCCCGACACUCAACAAUGUGGCUUCUGCUCCUGGCGUGCCUGCCUCCGCGCUGGCUCCGCUGCCCCCUGCCCAGUCUGCGGCCUCGUUGGCCCCGCUGGCCCCGGCCCAGUCCGGGGCGUCUCUGGCUCCUCUGGCUCCUUUGGCUCCGCUCCAGACGGACGCAGCUGCUGCCGGAGCAGCGUCACUUGCCCCGCUUCCCGCCGCUUCUUUGCCGGCGGCGCCCUCUCUGGCUUCCUCCGUCGGCCUCGGCGGCAUCGACGCCGGUAACGCGCCGGUCGGUGGCGAUCCAGCCGUCGCCGCGCCGGCAGUGACGGCCGCCCCCGAGAUCGCCAACGCCGGCGCCCAGCCAAGCAUCGACGUCAGCGGCCUGACCCUGAACAGCGUCCUCAACCUGGGCAACCUCGUGCAGGGCGACCAGCUGGCGAAGCGGCAGACAGCGCUGGCGGGACAGUAGACGAAGCAUAUACUAAAGGGCCCCCCCUGGUUUCUAUAUAUAUAAAGUAUUCGCUUUAUUUUUUGGGUUAACGGCGGCGUCUUUUUUGAGGAGAGAGCUCGCUGAUUCGUGCAGAAAGACCUCGCUCCUGCAUCCUCUUCCCAGCACCCAUGCGUGCUAGGACAAAUUUUAGUGUAAAUAAAUGAUAGCUUGUAUAUGGUUGCAGACGAGGUUCGCCGUGGAUCGUGAAUGCAAAGC